AUGUCUAGUUUAGUUAUUCCUAUUGCUAUUGACAAAAAAAAUAGAAGAUUACCCAAACCUUUUAAUAACCGUCCUGGGUAUGAUCUGAAAUAUGUGGAAUCGUAUAUUAACAAAUAUUGUGGCAUUAAUGAUUAUCAACGAUUCUUUGAUGAACUCUUUGAAACUGAAAGACGAUAUGAUACACUAUCAGUUAUUAAACCAUACGAAACUCCAGUACA